AUGCUGCCGUCGGCCCAUCCAUCAUCACGGUGCUAUCCGUGUUGUAAAACACAUUCAUCCCAAUUAAAUUUUCCAAAAAUUGAUGGUUUGACGAUGACGGAUAUUCAUUCAGGAACAACGAAAUCAGUAGGGACCAAUAACUACCCAAUGAUUGAAAUGCACUCAUGUUUUGGAAGUUCAUCCUCCACGACCGCUACUCGUACUACUGCUAUUCAAACAGCCGGAACAGUUGUUGCAAGAAGAUUAAAAUUAUUGAAAAGACAUUUAAAUAUUUCCAAAUGGUUUGAUAAUUCUCAUCAAACAAGAAAUCAUCAGUCAUUACAACAAAGCAACAAGAACCAAUCAAUUUCAUCAUCUAAACAUGUUACGGAUCCAUCCAUUCCAUCAUCGGAAACAAAGAAAAAAAAUUCUACAGAAUUAUUUAGGAACUUGUAUUACUUUUCAAAAUGGAUGCUAAUUAAUUAUUCGGAAUUUAGGAAUUGGUUUUGUCAAGCAAAUACUGAUCCAUUGAUACGAUUGAAAGAUCGAAUUGUGACAAAAUUUGUUAUACGAGCGUCGAAAACAACAUCCUCUCUCUCUGAAAAAGAACAACUCUUGAAAGAUUAUAUCAUUCUUUCGCACUUGUACCUUAUUCAUCCAAUUAUCGUCUUUUUUUGUAAAUUAUUUUUCUGGGCACUUUUUAAUCAAUUGACAGUUCUGUACGAGAGUGAUUUAGCUAGGAAUUUGCAACAGCUCAAUGCAUUUGAAUAUUACAAAUUAAUGAACAAUGAAAAUCCAAACAUGAAAGUUUCAAAAUCUCUCACACUACAUGACGAACAGCUCAUUAAGCAUAAUGGACCUUAUAUUUUCGCAAUUGGAAAUCAACGCAGUUUAGCAGAUGGUAUUGUGGAAUUGGCUUACAAAACUCAAAACUCUGUCACCAUCAUGAACAUUGAAAUGGCAUUAUUUCCAUUCUUUGGAUGGAUUAGCUAUGGUGUUGGAAGUGAGGUCAUUAUUCGUCAACUUCCCAAUCAAUCUUGGAAUGUUUUAGAUUAUAUGAGAAAGACCAUGAAACGAGGACUCUUUCAAACCUAUAUUUAUCCUGAAGGUGCCAGACAAACUUCUGACAGUCGAGAAUUACUCCCUUACAAGAUGGGUCUUUUCAUGUUAGCCAUUGAAACUCAAGCGAGUAUUGUACCAGUUAUUCAUUAUGGAAUUGAUGAUAUUUGGCCCUACGAUGAUUGGCGAAUAUAUUCUGGUAAUAAGGCAUAUGUUGUGAUUGGAGAACCAAUUUCUACAAAAGGCAUGGUACUUAAUCAACGAUUUGAGCUCAUGGAAUUGUAUCGAACGCGAAUUAAGGAAAUGAUUCAACAUCUGGAAGAACGAAAAGGCAAGCAUCAAAUUGACAAGUAUUAUAAAAAGUUGUGA